AUGACCGGAUCCAAAGCGCCCGAGUCGUCCACCAAGAUGGUCACAACGCCCAAGUUGACCAAGACUCCCAAACGGAAGCGCGACUUGGAUCUCACACGAACGCAAACCCCAACCCCAACCAAGAAGCACAAGAAGCGUGACAGUCUUUCCGCUCCAUCAACCGCAGAAGAUGGCAACAGCAACAAGAAACGAAAGCGAGUCAAGGAUGCGCUUCAGGGCGAAGAUACUCCGAAAUCGACCCCGAAAGAAAGUAUUGUCUCGCCAGUCAGCAGCAAAAAGAUUAUUACAGACCCGCACCACCUUAGCACUAAAGAAGGAAAGAAGUCGAAAGAGAGCAAGCGAAAUAACUCUGAAAAGCGCAAUACAACACUUGAUGAGACUUCGCCUGUGAAUGCAAAGCCUGCAGACUCCUCGGAUGAUGAGGACGAGACAAAGGCUUCGAAAGCCAAACACGCAGGGAUUUAUUCCAAGAUUGAACGGACCAAGGCAGUCUCCAGCAAAUUGACUAAGAAACAAAAGCCCGAUGAGGUUGAAGUGACCGAGGAUACCAUCAAACCGGUUAUUGCACAAGGCUUGGAACCGUUGCCCCAGCCCGAAAAUCCGCCAGAGCUAGAAGUGGCUCCGACCUACUCUUCUCUGCCCGCAUGGCUAGCGGAACCCGUACGGACAUCAGCAAAAGAGCGAUCCAAGUUCGCUGAACUCGGCAUCAAACCUGACUUAUUGCGCAUUCUCAACCAGCACGGUUACGAGGAGGCAUUCGCUGUCCAGUCUGCGGUGAUUCCUCUUCUUCUGGAUGGAAGCAAGAACCAUCCCGGUGACCUCUGUGUUUCGGCGGCCACUGGAUCUGGAAAAACGCUGUCCUACGUACUUCCACUUGUCACUUCCUUGACACCCAGGCCCGCAUCAAGACUAAGAGGACUCAUUGUGGUUCCUACGAGAGAAUUGGUGAAACAGGCUCGUGAGGCCUGUGAGCUUUGCGCCUCUGGAUCACGCCUUCACAUUGGAAGUGCAGUGGGAAAUGUGGCCAUCAAAGAGGAACAAAAGCUUCUUAUGAGAGUAGACCAGGUGCACAAUCCCGCCACUGUUGCGCAACGCCAAAAAACCGGCCUGCAAGGAAAUGACUGGAUGGACUUCAACCUCGAGGAUUGUGUGACAGAGGCAGUCGACUCCACCGGAUUUCUUCCAGGCUAUAUCCAGCGACCAGAGCCCAAUGUCGAUAUUCUUAUCUGUACCCCUGGUCGUUUGGUGGAUCAUAUUCGCUACACCAAAGGCUUUACCCUCAAGCAUCUAGAGUGGUUGGUGAUUGAUGAGGCCGAUCGAUUGCUGAACGAGAGCUUCCAGGAAUGGGUGGAUGUGGUCAUGGGGUCGCUGGAUGCACGCCAGGCGCCCGAAGCCUUUGGGCCCGGUGGCAAGCUCUUGUCUGAUCUUGGGCUUCCAAUUGAAACCAAGCCCCCUCGGAAGGUUGUAUUGAGUGCUACCAUGACCCGCGAUAUCUCGAAGCUCAACUCUUUGCGCUUGGCUAAUCCGAAAAUGGUGAUCAUCGGCGCUGAGAAAGCUAUCGACCUCGAUGCUUCAUCUACCGCCAAUGCCGAUGCUCAUUUCACUUUGCCGCCGACCUUGCAUGAGCGCAUGGUCGCCGUUAGCGACGAAUCCCAGAAGCCGUUGUAUCUCCUGCGGCUGCUCCUUUCGUAUAUCAAAAUUGGCGUCGAUGAGUCUGUAUUCGAUGCUGUCGACGACAGCUCUAGCUCAGAUGACACAAGCUCUAACGAUACGAGCUCUGAUGAGUCUUCCGAUGAUGACACCUCAUCUUCUGGCUCAGACUCCGACUCAGAUUCUGAUACAGACUCAGACUCGGAUUCUGAUUCCGACAUUGAUUCCGAAUCAAGCUCUGAUUCAUCAAAUGACUCCGAUGAUUCAGUCUCUGAUUCAGUAGAUCUUGUGCCCGAAGGCAAAAUAUCCCCUACUACCGUUUUGAUCUUUACCAAGUCUUCCGAGUCUGCAUCGCGACUUUCUCGACUUAUCUCCCUCUUCCACCCCUCGCUUGCCAGCCGCAUGGGAACAAUUAUCAAGUCGAGCAACUCUGCCGCAUCUCGCAAGACCUUGACAGCUUUCCGACAAGGUCGUAUUUCCAUCAUUGUGGCCACAGAUCGAGCCUCACGUGGACUGGAUCUGCCUUCAUUGACACAUGUCGUGAACUACGAUGUUCCUAGCAGUGUUACCACCUAUGUGCAUCGUGUGGGACGAACUGCUCGUGCUGGCCGAGAGGGUUCUGCAUGGACUUUGGUCGCUCACCGGGAGGGACGAUGGUUUGCCAACGAAAUCUCUGCCAGCACCGACGGCCGCAUCACGCGUAAAGCUGCAAUUGAACGAGUCCAGGUCAAACCGGAGACGCUGGAGUCACUCCAGUCCAAAUUUACAGCAGCACUGGAUGCGCUGGAGAAGGAGGUCAAGGUGGGCAAGGCGUCCAAGUCCCAACCAGCAACCAGGGCUUAG